AUGUACUGGAUCCGGUCGAAGAAGCUGCGCGAGCGGCUAGCACUCGGAUUCGGUGCCCUGCUCGUCCUCUUUACGCUACUCCUGGUGGUCGAUCUUCAGAUGGAUCUGGGUGUGUCCAGGGGUGAGUUUAUCCCGUCGCACGCACGUAUCCGGUACGCAAACCAGCAGGAUCGUAGCGGUAUCUACAACGAGUUUCACCGGAAGUAUCUCGCCAAAAGCAAUGCGUCCGGUUCGAAGGAGUACCUAACGACGAACGCGCAGGCACAACACCGCGGUCACACCGACACCUCCGGUCCGGGCUAUCCCGGCAAGUCAGCGUCGACGACAACUGCGCCACCACCGCACGAUCGCUUCAAGGACCUAACCGCACUGGUAGUGGCACCGCGCGCCAGCAAACACCGGGCGCCGCAACCUUUCGAGCGGAUUAUUGUACGCGAGGAAUCGUACGCGGACGAACCGUUGGACGAAGAUGAAGCCAAUCCAACGUUGGGCGAACUGUUGGACCUGCGGCCCAGCCCAAACGCGUCCAACCUGGAACGGUUCCAGUUGCGCAUCUCCAAGCGCGAACUGUACAGCCGGGACGAUACGUUAGUGAAUGCGGUUAUCGACGACAUGAUACGAUUGCCCAUCCAGCACGUGGUACAGAAGGAGGGUGGCACACAGCUGAAGCUGAUCAUCGACUACCCAAACGAGGUGCACGCACUGUUCAAGCCGAUGCGGUUUCCGCGUGAACAGCAAACCCUACCGAAUCACUUCUACUUCACCGAUUACGAGCGACACACGGCCGAGAUUGCUGCCUUCCAUCUUGACCGGUUGCUUGGUUUCCGGCGAGCGAUGCCGGUGACCGGGCGCAUCCUUAACAUCACCACCGAAAUCUACCAGGUGGGCGACGAGGUACUGCUGAAGACGUUCUUCGUGUCGCCGUCCAGCAAUCUAUGCUUCCACGGCAAGUGUUCGUACUACUGCGAUACGUCACACGCGAUCUGCGGCAAUCCGGACACGCUCGAGGGUUCGUUUGCCGCGUUCCUGCCAACGCAGGACGACACGCAGCGCAAGGUGUGGCGGCAUCCGUGGCGCCGGUCGUACCACAAGCGCCGGAAGGCGCAGUGGGAAACGGACUCCGACUACUGCACGAUGGUGCGUGACAUUCCACCGUACGACGAGGGUCGCCGGUUACUCGACCUGAUGGACAUGUCCGUGUUUGAUUUUCUUACCGGCAACAUGGACCGGCACCAUUACGAAACGUUCAAAAUCUUCGGCAACGAUACGUUCCCGAUUCACCUUGACCACGGUCGCGGCUUCGGCAAACCGUUCCAGGAUGAGCUGUCCAUCUUAGCGCCAGUGCUGCAGUGCUGUUUAAUCCGAGCGUCCACACUUGAGACGCUGCUUCGCUACCACAACGGUCCGAAAUCACUGUCGGAGGCGAUGCGCGAAUCGAUGGCCAUCGAUCCGAUCGCACCGGUCCUGUGGGAGCCACACUUGGAGGCGCUAGACCGACGGGUUGCGAUCGUGCUGCAGGCUGUGCGUGACUGCAUAAGGAAAUCUGCGGAAGAGGACGACGGUAUUCCUGACGUUCCCAACGCGCUCGGUGAGAAGGAUACUGUGGCGAGGAAUGGAUUCUAUCGUUCCUAG